GUUGGUCGGAAUGAAUUAUACAAGAAUUUAAGACAGCAUUUUUUUACCCAACACAAGUCUGAACAACUUGACAUUGAAGCAGCAAAAUGUCGCACAUUUAACGUCCAAGGCAUGUUAAUGGAAGAGAAAAUAUUACUUGCAAGCGAAAGAAUGGUAAGCCCUUAUUUCUGAAACACUUAUGAUUUAAUAAACAUAUUUAAUUUACUUGAUACUCUUGCAGUUUAUAAUUGAAAUAUGUGUAUCAGUGACAGUGUAUACUUACAGGUACUAUAUUGUGAAAGGUGUAUUGUGUAUAUAGUAUAUAUGGCAUGGUUAACAUCAGCGGCAUAUAGCCAAUACAUUAUUUGUGGGGGCAUCAGCAAUGGGUCAAUAAAGUCAGGACUACUGGGACCGAUGGUCACAGCAUACUCAACCAAAAUUGGUGGUUCAAUCCAGACACAAAAAAAUAUCUAUCCCAGACGUGUAGUUAUGAGCCCCUUUACCCCCCUCCCCCAGCUGAGAAAAUGUAAGUACAUAUAAGUUCUAAAUUCAUGGAAAAUCACAGAAAAUCCUGGCUAUGUCUCUUUUGUUUCCCUUACUGUAACUAAACACUGAUUCUUGUGAUGUUUGCAAUCAUCAGUGAACAUAUUGUAUAACACAGCUUUUUUAUACGAAGUUACUCCUAAAUUAUACAACCAUUCCAAUUUAGAAGAAAAUUACUUCUAGUUUUCUUGUUUUGUCAGCAAUCGUGUCCCAGUUGACUGUCUCUGAUCUGCACAGAAGAAAGCUACAACCCAAUUGAUGAUGCUAUAUAUACUCUACCACACGAGAUAUUUAGCAAAUAUUGGGAUAUCUAGCAAAUCUUGAGUUUGCAAGAUUCUCAGAAAUGCAGGGGUGGAUUUAGGGGAGGGAUGCACAGGGGUGCUCACCCCUGUUGACCUUGGUCAAGGGGGGGGGUACGUAUAGAGUCGAUAAAACACACAAACAUAUAUAAGAUGUAUUUCUAUUUACAAAGUAUAACAAUCAUCAAUCCCACAUACAGUACACUGAACAUUUUCUUGCUAAUCUCCACGGACUAUAAAACACUCGCUUAUGUUUUCUACUUCUAACCGCUGGUCAGUUAAUCUGUUAUUAAACGUAAACACAACAGGAGGUGGAAAAAAUCGUAUCAAGUUAAAAAAUAGAAAUGGCUAAUAUUGCUAUAAUUGCCGUAAACCUAUCAUUAUAAGUCUUCAAUAUUGAAAAGAGAAAUUAAAACAUGUUUAAAUACCAAUCAAAAACACUCAAAUAUGAAAAAAAAGAAAUACUUUACUUUUUUUGUCAACCUGAAUGCCUAAAUCAAUGCCCAAAUCACAGGAAAUGGCAUUUCUGGGGUUUAAAGUGCCUUCUGCACUUGAGUCGUUAGCAACCCAAUUAAUUGAAUUCUCUCCCAGCACCCCCUAAAAAAUAUGGCUGGAUCCACCCCUGCAGAAAUGUCCCUGCUAUAGAUGUACAAUAUAAGUAUAUGACAAUAGUAAAAAUGCAUGGGCGUAGGGCCGGGGGGGGGGACACAUGCCAUCCCAGAUUUUUUGCAGCUCUGCCAAUUUUGAGGUAGAUUCGGGCAAAAUGGCACGUUCUUUUCCAGGGUAGUUAAAAUUUGGGCAACGGGGGGGGGGGGGUCACACAAGAUUUUUGGUCGGGCAAAAUAAUGAGUGCCCCCCCCCCCAACAUUAUGCAGCCCAUGUAAAAAUGUGUAUUUCUGCAUUGAUUUAGAUGUCAGGAAAAGAUUUUACAAUAAUGUAUGGCUCAGAACCUCUCGCUAUUAAAGAUAUUGAUCAUCACCAUGCUGCUCUUAAAGCUGGAUAUGUUCUUCUAGCAAGAGGAAGGUUGCACAAAUAUUCAAGCUGUACUAAUGAAACCGUCAGUGUCAGUGGAUCAAAUCUGACACAUGUGUACAAAAUAUGGAAGUCAUCCAAUUGUGCAGGAUUUGAAAUUCCAGAAAUUGAGUGUGUCAAAACAUUUGUGAAUAAGAGCUGGUUUCAUGUUGAGCAUGCAGAUAAUUAUCCUCCAACAGAUAAAGAAAACAGUGAGAUACUAGAUUCACCAUCAGAGCAUAUGACAAUAGUCAAUGGGGCAACAUCAUUACCUCAAAUUCCUGAAGUUGUUAGUUCAGCUAAGGAUUUGUUACCAGUCAUGACAAGUAUCUGGGAAUUUGCUUCAUUCAGAGGACAACAGGCUAAUGCCAUCAAUUCAAUAGUUAGUGGGAAGGACUGUUUCAUAAAUAUUCCUACGGGAGGAGGAAAAUCUCUUCUAUACAUGUUACCUGCAGUUUCUACACCUGGAAUUACCAUUGUGGUUGAGCCUAUUUUAGCUCUUAUAUCUGACCAGAUAGCACAUUGCCAAGAGAGAAACAUUCCAGCUGCAGCACUAUAUGGUGGAUUGCAAGAAGCUUAUAAACAGCAGGUAUUACACGAUUUAAAGCUACCUAACAAUCCUUUUAAGUUGUUGUAUACCACUCCAGAAUUUCUGGUCGCUGACAUAGCAUUACAAAGUGUGUUAGAAAAAUUGUCAUCACAAGGAAGUAUACAGCGAUUUGUGAUUGAUGAAUGUCACUGUGUAAGCUUAUGGGGAAAGGAAUUCAGGCCAGCUUAUAUGAAACUGGAUUUUAUACGCAAGCAAUUUCCCUCUGUCCCCAUUGUUAUGUUGACUGCAACAGCUACCAACCAAAUACAACAAGAUGUAUGCUCUGCGCUAGCAGUUACCGAACCAAUUGUUAUAAGGGACAACUAUAACAGGCCAAACCUUGUGUACCAUGUUGUCAGAAAAAAUGGCAAUUUAUGUGACAGAAUUGUAUCAGAGGUUAAAGACUGCGAGUGUUCCAUUGUGUAUGGGUCAACACGUUCUGAGUGUGAAGCUAUGUGCGCCAAACUUUGUGCACGUGGUAUCAUUACAGAUAUUUCACAGCACACUCCCUAUCAGGGCUUUUCAGUGACUGGUUACAUUAUGAAUAGAUAGAUAGAACCGGACUGACGUGAAGCAGACCGAGGUACACUUUGAGCUUACAAAUGGCGCUUGAGCAGCUGCCGCUAUUAGUCCAUACCUCAUUAAUGAUCUGCCUCCAGACCUAUCCUAUCCUAUCAUUGCGAAGGCAUAUCAUGGUGAUAUGUCUAAGAUACUGAAGCAAGAGAUUUAUGAAAGAUGGAAGUCUGGUGAUAUUACAUGUCUAGUUUGCACCAAAGCAUUUGGAAUGGGGGUGGACAAGCCUAAUGUAAGGAUCGUCAUACAUACUUCAAUGCCAAGCUGUAUGGAGGACUAUUAUCAGGAGACAGGACGCGGUGGUAGAGACGGAUUUCCCUGUAAGUGUAUACUUUACUUCAGUCCAACCGAUACCAAUCGACAUAUACAGUCGGUGUAUAAGCAACAUUACUACACACCAGAUGUCUUAAACAAUAGAUACAGCCAUUUCCAAAAAUUUUUUUACUUUUGUUUCCAAAUUGGUGAAUGUAGGAGAAAAAUUAUUCUGGAGUAUUUUGAUAGUGGCUAUGCAGUAUGCAGUGAUCACUUGAAAUGUGAUCAAUGUGAGAGUAAAUUAGAAACAUGCAUAGAAGAUAUUUCAGAGUUAACAUGUAAAAUAAUUGUAUGUUUAUUAAGCAUGAAGGCACUAAACUGCAGGAAGUUUACAUUAAAGCAGCUAGCUAAUGUGAUUACAGGCAAGCGUAACAAAGAUGUGAAUAAAUACAAUUAUGAAACCGCAGAAAAUUUUGGCUGCUACAAAGCUAGUGUUACAGACGGAGAGUAUGUUUUGAACAUCCUGGUUUACAAGGACAUCUUAAGGCUGGUACCACCAGACUCAAAUGCAAGAAACCAAAAUACAUUAUACAUUGAUCUUGGACCCCAGUUUAUUUAUGUUCAAAACAAACAGCUAUCAGUUGCAUUUGAUAAAGUUAAGAAAUAAAUUUUCUGGGCUGGAAUGUUAUGUCAAACAGUUAUUUUGUUCCAAUGGCGUAGCCAGCCCGACAAUUUGGUCAUGCUAUGCGAAUAUUUUUGUGUUCAUAAACCGUGAAAAGAAUCAAUUUCUAAAGAAAUAAAUAAUAAUGAUUUGAAAUUUGCAUAGCUUGACCAAAUUGUCGGGCUGGCUACGCCAAUAAUGCUUUGUUCCUCAAUAAGUUAAUAUAAAUAUUUUUCACUUUGAAUUAUCAUUCAUGUGGGAAUAGUCUGCUUAGUAUUUCUGCAAUGUUUUUUUCAAUGAAUAACUUUCUUCGUGACUCUACAUCUGUACAUUCGCGGGGAAUUUUCUUAUCACCAUUCGUAUGUAUAUCUUUCUUGGUGUGAUCCAGAACUGGAAUAGCAUCUCGAUCUUGUGACACAAACCAUCCUUGUUUAAUUGCAAACCAUGCAACUUUUAAGCGAUCGGGUAAUGCAUCUGGUACAACACUUUUUACUCGACUAUGUACACCAUACCCUUCUUUGAAUACUUCUUUGAUGUGAACUAGAAGUUCCACGUUCAUGUUUACCUUCUUCAUCAUUGACAAAGUACUGUGAUGCUUAGCGAAUAUCUUUAGUGGGCGAACCAUCACAGUCUCGACAAACUCAUCUAAUGCCAGGUUAUGGCCAGCCCUUCCUUUAUAUGAAAUAGAUGAAUUUUUUCUGUACAUUUCACGAAUAGCGCUUGGCCACAAUGCUGUGAAGUUUGUGAUGUGAGCUAUAGCUUCGUCUUUGUAGUUUUUCUUAUUUAAUGCACAAAACAGAAGAAGGCUUGACAACCAACAGGAUUCCCUUGUUUUUGCGUUCCCAUAUCGAACAGACUCGUGGAAUGCUAACAACAAUGGACCAAAACUUGUAAUAAAUUUACUAUGAUAUUCCACGACUACGUCAGUUCUACUUGCUUCUUGUAGGUAUGCUUUCAACCUGUUCAAUAGUAUGUCAUUAACAUUUCCAUUGUUCGCUUGGGCAUUUGAUAAUGUUUCAGUGUCUGGAAAAAAUCCAGAUGAUCUGAAGGAAGCAACUGAUGCAAUACAAAGUCCCCAAAAGUAAUCAUUUAAAGCAUCCAUAUUUCUCUCAUAGUUACCUUCUUUAAAUGCGUCAAUAAAUGACUUUGGUGUCACUUUCAGCCGUCCUAAUAAUUGUCUUAAAGUGUAAAAAAAGCCCCCAGGCCCCGAUAUACGAGAUAGACAUUCCAUAACGUAACCUUGGGUGUGAAAAUCUCCCGGAACUUCUUUGAAAGAUCCAAAUUCAUCGGGUGCUCUAUUUCGGACACCGCGUAAAGUCGAUGUAGACUUCGCAUCCCCAACUGUUAAAUUAAAAUUUAAGCGGAUGUCUUCUCCUUUUACUUCCGGUUUCUCUGCUUCGUCUGACCCUACAUCACUGGGAUUCAAGUGCAAUGGUUCUUUAGACAAACCAAUGUCUUCACAAACUCUGUGCCUUGCCUGUUUUUCAUAUGUUGUCCUGUCUUCAAGAAUUUGCAUGAUAGCUUCAUUGCCAAUGUUACAUGCCAUUUGAAUUGGAUUCGGUAUGUUUCCUUGAAAGCUACCAUUGAUUCGUGCUCCAUAUUUGAUUAAAAUUUUCACUAAUUCUGGUUUGUUAUUGUUUAUUGCAAUCAUGAUGGGGGUAACUCCACAACCUUCGGACAUAUUGACACAAGCACCAGCCAAAAGCAGACUUUCCACUAAAGGAAUACAACCAUCUUGAACAGCAUGAUGUAAUGGAGAACAUCCAAAAUCAUCUGUCAGGUCAAUCCACAUUCCGCUUAUGGACUGUAAAAACAAUACUCGGUCUUUCAUGUUCGUGAAAUUAGAUGUGCCUUGCUUCAGUUUCUUCAUGACCUCCUUUGUGUGAUUUGAUAAUUGCUUCAUGCGCGUUUUAAAUGAUGCUGCACAAUCCGCACCACAAGCCAUUGCAGCAUUGUCAGGAAUCUCGAGGUCAUCACCUUCCUCUGCUUCUAUAUGUUUACGUAAUCUUUCCAUAUCUUUGCUAUGGCAUUCCAUAUCUUUAUAAAAUGUGUAACGUUCUCUAGCAGCGUGGAUGUUAAACUUCUUGGUUGUUUCAUUGUAUUUAAGAUAAUCAUGUGUUUUGUCAAUUGUUAUAUCCAUAUCUCUUGCGAAUUCACGCAUGACAGAAGCAGUACCAGUUGUUAGCGAUUCGUCUUCUAUGGAAAGUGGUAGAAUCAUUAUGUUAGGUUUGUUAUUGGAUUCCGG